GAAACGAAGCAAAAACAAAGAAAUGCUGUUGAUUCGGGUCAUGGUGCUGAGAUGAAUCCAGAGGAGCGCAGGAGACUUCAGGAAAACAUCCGACAGUGGAAUUCAAACCGACUCAGCCUGUUUGAGAUCACUGAACCUGAUGAGGAUUCUGUAUUUCAUGGAGUUAUUCGUUUCCACCUCCAAGACCAUAUUUCAGGGAACUGUGCCACAAAAUGCAUUUGUAUCUCAAGCGCUUCUACCACACAAGAGGUCAUUGAAACGCUGCUGGAGAAGUUUCAACAUGAUUGGACCUCACAGCCUUUCUCAUAUUCAUUGUAUGAGGUCUUAAAAAAUCAAGAAGAAAGAAAACUGGACCUUUCAGAAAAGCCCUUGGUGGUUCAACUCAACUGGAAUAAAGACACAGAUGGCAGAUUUGUCUUGAGGAAUGACAGUUGUGUAACUUUACAGGAUGGCUGUUUGGAAAAUAAGGAAAAAGUUGGAGUAAUUGAACAUUUCAAGAGGACAUUAUCAAAGAAAGAGAAGAAACAUAAACAGAAGAAAAACGUUUCUAGCAGUCACAUGUUAGAGAACAGUGUCUCUGGCAGUAAAACAAACAGAAGGCGUCUUGAACACUCUCGUAAAGACCAUGAGUUUGCUCCGAAGGUGUCGGGUCAACCCUGCUCUGAGCAUCCAGCUUUUUUCUCAGCUCUUUCACUUCGUGGGGGCCUGGAUCUUGAACCGGCUCACCGUGCCGGGAUCCACACUGUGCUCGAACUACUGGGGCAAAACUCUAUGGCAGCGACUGAUGCACGUGGAGGCCUGGGCAGAAAGACAAGGGCUGGAGCUGGCCGUUGA